GGCCCGGCCGCCGGGGCCUCGCCGGUCCCUCCGGGCGGGCGGAGCGUCCGGGAGCGGCAGGCUGGCAGGGGCCGAGUGUCCCCCGCGGUGGGGAGGGGAUAGCGGAACGGACCCGGAGGACAUGGAGGGUGAAGGGGCCCCUUCAUGGCGGGGUCCCGGCGGGGUGAUCCGCGACCUGUGCCGCUCCUUCGGCCACUACAACCGGCACCUGGCGCGGCUGCAGCACAACCUGCGCGAGACCAAGAAGUUCUUCCGCGACGUCAAGUACUCCCAAGGGCACCCCUUCGCCUCGGCGGCGGCUGGCGACGGCCCCCCCGCCGCGGCCGGGCACGGGGCCCCGCAGGAUGGGCAGAGUUUCAUUGCGUUUCCUUGCCAUGAGGAAGAGCAGCUCCAGCGGACCGUGAGCUGGCACCCUUGCCUGCUGAUCCUUGGCCAGAACUGCAAUGCCAAAUGCCAGUUACUCAACAUCCUGCUGGGGGAGAGGCUGCUCCCGACCACCAAAAUCACCAACGAGGAGAACUGUAAGAGGCGCCGGAUCCGUUUCACCCAUGGGACACAAACCCGGCUCAGCCUGGCGCUGCCUGGGCAGUACGAACUGGUCCAGAUGAUGGCAGCCCACCGUGGGCACUGGGACACCAUACCAGAGGAGGACCUAGAGAUCCAUGGGGACAGUGAAGAUCCUGCUCACCAGAUAGCGGAGCUGGAGGUCAUGCUGCCCUACUCACUGCUAAAGGAAGUGGACGUUGUGGUGGCACCAUGUCGUGGAUUCCAGUCUGCUGAAGCCACCCUGGGGGAGUACGUGAACCAGGUCCUGCCUGUGGUCAUCUUUGCCAUCAGCGAGGCCGAACUUUCCUCGUCAGAUGAGAACGAACUGCGCCAAAUCAAAGAGAAAUUCUCUUUGCCCAUUUUCUUCUUCAGAGUGCCGGAGGUGGGGGUUGAGCUGAUCUCUCCCAAAAAAACCGAGCAUGAAAAGUCCUCCCUUUACUGCCAGCUGAUGGACUUGGAGUACCUGAGCAGCAACCACUGCAGCUGCGGGGUGCCCGGCGCUGACGCCGAUGCUCAGAGCAUGCUGGUGGAGCAGUCGGAGAAGCUCCGUCUCCUGAGCACCUUCUCCAGGCAGGUCCUUCAGAAGCACCUGGUGGAAGCAGCCACCAGUUUAAACGAGGUGCACUGCCGCUGCCUCAACAUCUUCAUCAACCAGGCCUUUGACAUGCAGCGGGACCUGCAGAUCACCCCCAAGAGGCUGGAGUACACCCGCAAGAAGGAGAAUGAGCUCUACGAGUCGCUGAUGAACAUUGCCAACCGCAAGCAAGAGGAGAUGAAGGACAUGAUCAUAGAGACUCUUAGCAACAUGAAGGAGGAGCUCUUGGAGGAUGCUGCGAAUAUGGAAUUCAAAGAUAUCAUCAUUCCUGAGAACGGGGAACCUGUGAGUUCCAAGGACAUCAAGUGUUGCAUUAAGCAAAUCCAGGAACUGAUUAUUUCUCGGUUAAACCAAGCAGUUGCCAACAAGUUGAUCAGUUCCGUGGACUACCUGCGAGAGAGCUUUGUAGGGACUCUGGAGAGGUGCCUGAAGAGCCUGGAGGAGUCCUGGGAGGUUUCAGUACAUCCUGCAAGAAGCUGGGAGAAGUCCAAGGAUGUUUCUGUACACAUCACAAGCAAUUAUCUCAAACAGAUACUAAAUGCAGCCUAUCAUGUUGAAGUCACUUUCCACUCUGGCUCAACAGUAACCAGGAUGUUGUGGGAACAGAUCAAACAGAUAAUCCAGCGGAUUACAUGGGUCAGCCCUCCUGCCAUCACCAGUGACUGGAAGAGGAAAGUCGCUCAGGAUGCUAUCGAGAGCCUCAGUGCAUCCAAGUUAGCCAAGAGCAUUUGCAGCCAGUUCCGAACCAGGCUAAACAGUUCCCAUGAGGCUUUUGCAGCUUCUCUGCGUCAGUUAGAAGAUGGCCAUUCUGGCAGGCUGGAGAAAACAGAAGACCUGUGGCUGAAGGUGCGGAAGGACCAUGCUCCUCGGCUGGCACGACUCUCGCUGGAGAGCAGGUCCCUUCAGGAUGUGCUGUUACACGGCAAACCAAAGCUGGGCCGUGAGCUGGGCCGAGGACAGUAUGGUGUGGUCUAUCUGUGUGACAGCUGGGGAGGGCAUUUCCCAUGUGCACUGAAGUCUGUUGUUCCUCCAGAUGAGAAGCACUGGAAUGACCUUGCACUCGAGUUUCACUAUAUGAGGUCUCUGCAGACACACGAGAGGCUCGUGCAUCUCCAUGGCUCUGUGAUUGAUUAUGGCUAUGGAGGAGGCUCCAGCAUUGCUGUCCUCCUGAUAAUGGAACGGUUGCACAGAGACCUCUACACAGGACUAAAGGCUGGGCUAGAAUUAGAAACACGAUUACAGAUUGCCUUGGAUGUAGUGGAAGGAAUCCGUUAUCUUCACAGUCAGGGACUUGUGCACCGGGAUAUCAAACUCAAAAACGUCUUGCUUGACAAAAAGAAUCGAGCCAAAAUCACUGACUUGGGGUUCUGCAAACCAGAAGCCAUGAUGUCUGGCAGUAUUGUAGGCACACCCAUUCAUAUGGCUCCUGAGCUCUUUACAGGAAAGUACGAUAACUCAGUGGAUGUUUAUGCCUUUGGCAUUCUGUUUUGGUACAUCUGUUCGGGACAUGUGAAGUUACCAGAGGCUUUCGAGAGAUGUGCAAGCAAAGAUCACCUUUGGAACAAUGUUAGAAGAGGAGUUCGCCCGGAGCGACUCCCGGUGUUUGAUGAGGAAUGCUGGCAGCUGAUGGAAGCCUGCUGGGAUGGAGACUCCUCCCAGCGCCCUCUCUUGGGCAUUGUCCAACCUAUGCUGCAGGGGAUCAUGGACAGGCUCUGCAAGUCAAGCUCUGAGCACCCAAAUAAAGGGUUGGAUGACUCGACUUGAAAAGGAAGCACAGAAGAAUCUUUAGUUGUGGGAGAAUUCGGAAGCCCUGGCUCUGCAGAGGGCUUCUUGAGGUGUAGCUCUCUGUGGCUAAACAGGAGUGGGACAGGUAAUAGCAACCAGAAGAGGUGAGACCUCGGGGAUGUUCCAUCUUGAAUAGUAGCCAGAGAAAUCUCCCCGGCACACCCCAUUGAUGCCAGUUAUCGCACUACAGCUUUUACUAUGGAAUUGUGCAACUAAGGUAGAAAAUCCAUGCCCUUGAACUAAAAGGGAUUUUUGCCAAUCCCACACAAACACCAAUCAAAGAAAAGCAUCUCUUGUGCUUCAGGUAGCAUCUGCGUUGCCAGGAGUUGAUCACGACAGUCUUUACUUGGGAAAGUAAAGGCUCUUCCCAUUAACUGCUGGUCCUGGGUGGCCUUUGGUCCACACAUAACUAUAUCCCAGUCACUUCCCGAUUGGCCCCAAUUACAGCACGGUUGGAGAGGAAGGAGCAAGCAGAGGCUCUAGGCUGGGAAGUGUUCAGAAGCUGAGAGAGCAUCUCUGGAUUAGCUUCUUGAAACACUCAACAUGUUUACAUUGACAGGAGCAAAGCUUCCAUGUUUUACCGAAGGGGGUUUACCUACUGUCCCACUGCAGUGCAGCUGCCCCAAGUUAUAAGCUAUUUAUCUCUUCUGUACCCUUCACCUCUCACUUCUGCAAACAAGCUCUUUCUUUCUGGUAAUUCUGCUUCAUAAUAGUUAUUUGAAUGUCUGAAGAAACCUGAGUGACCUUUUCCAGCUUUCCAGUGCAAGGGAAGGCUGCGCAGAGACAACACAGUGGAAUACCGAAACCAAGUCAUUACAACUAGUGACUGUCCAUGGGGGAAAUGCCAAUUCCUUUUAAUGACAUUUGGGGUUUGGAAAAGCAGUUUUAACUUGUGCUAACUGUGACAGCUGUAUUUUUAAAGAGGGUUUCUUCAGCUUUUAUUUCAAGUCACACGCUUGGUGAGAGCAAACUCGAGGGGAAACAGGUCAUUCAUUCUUCUUCAGUGGCUGUGUCUAUUCAUCUGACCGUUGCACUCCGGGAUCUUGAAUUUGGCUGUAUUAAAAAGAAUAAAAAGGCGGGGGGAGGGAUCCUUUGCAACAAGGGUAUGGGCAGGGGGGGCUGCUUCUGCAAGUAAUCUCCUUGCCCCUUUUGCAUUUGUGGGGAAAGAUUGAUCUUAAUGUAACCUGCUUACAGGGCGGAGGCUGAAAUAGAACAUGCACCUUGUUUAUGACGUGAGGAAAUAGUGAGUUGGCAAGUUCUCCCUGGGUUUACUGUUCCUUCCAGUUGCAGAGGAUGGGCACGCGAUGGCUUUGUUCCCAGGAAAGCUAACACGCUGCAUCCAAAGUAGGGGAGAGAUGUGGAAUUACUGCACCUUGUGGCUGGAAUUUAUUGGCUAGGAUACAACAAAAUGACAACUGAUAGUCUGCCUGGUGAACAGCUUGAACAAAGGAAAGGGAUACAUAACCCUGCAGUAUUAGUUUAGUUUAAAUCUUCCUUUGUGCAAUAAACAGAAUUAAUGCUUUUAUAUAUAUAUAUAUAUAUAUAUAUAAAGACUUUUUUUACAUACCUGCACGUGUGGGCAUUAUUCUGGUCUGUGGUGGCAUUAAUGGUGUGGUGGUUCUAUCCAGACACUCAGGAGCUGCUCCCAGCGCAGCCACCCGGAGCCACACGUGCAGGAUGAACCCUUCAGCAUCCCACUGCCUUGGUGCCACCAGUGCCACUAACAGCAUUAAUCCUGUUCAACCCUGUGUGCUGGUUCGUAACCUUAUUUAAAACUAGGAGAGUCAAGGUCAGUCUCUUGCAAUUUAUUUAGAGGUAGCUUGUGUAAAUAAUAAAUGUAUGAAUAAAAUCUCAGUCUCUGUAUAUGCAA